CACUCUGCUCAAAGUUGAGGCAACCAGCGGGCGGAGGAGCUGACGGAGUCACGGAUGUCAUCAGGUUGUUUCAACUUUGAGCAAAGUGUAAGAAGAGCGGAGAAACUACAGCAAAGUCUAGCGAGAGGUUCAGUUUAGUGUUUACCGAUGCUGGGACGUUGCUGAGCGCUUAGUCGUGUCUUCAGAGUCUUCUCUCCGGCUGACCAAUGCUUCUGCAUCAGUUCAUGAACGGAGCCCUGGACGUCAUGCAUCCCACACCGCUUCAGAAAGACACCACUUUCACCAAGAUCUUUGUCGGCGGACUGCCGUACCACACGAACGACGCCUCGCUGAGAAAAUACUUCGAGGCCUUUGGGGACAUUGACGAGGCUGUGGUGAUAACGGACAGACAGACCGGCAAGUCCAGAGGAUACGGCUUUGUGACGAUGACGGACCGAGGAGCCGCAGAGAGAGCCUGCAAGGACCCCAACCCCAUCAUCGACGGCAGGAAGGCCAACGUCAACCUGGCCUACCUGGGCGCCAAGCCUCGCAGCAUACAGACAGGCAUAUCCAUCGGAGUGCAGCCCAUUCACCCAGCGCUCCUCCAGAGGCAGUAUGGGUUGGCCCAGCCAUACGUCUACCCACAAGCGUUCGUGCAGCCCAGCCUGGUGCUGCCCACUCAGGUUUCCACUUCUGUCAGCACCAGCCCCUACCUGGACUACAGCGCAGCCUACAGCCAGUACGCCCAGGCUGCCUUCGAGCAGCAGUACCCGUACGCCGCCUCUCCAGCCGGCUUUCUGAGCUACAGCUACGCCACCAGCCCCACGGCCUCCGCCGGCCCGGCCGCCGCCGCCACGGCCCCGGCCACCGUACACCCCACCCUCCCCUCCGCCGCCGGCCCCGCCCCAGCCUUCCUGCACUACGCCCCGCAGCAGCACAUCCAACCGGACCGCAUGCAGUGAGCAGAGAGGAGGGAGCAGCUGGGUGGGGGGGAGAGAGGAGGUUGGGGGAGAGGUGGUCGCAGACCUUUGGACACAGGAUAGUGAAACGCCCUACAGGGUGACCCUGCUGUUGUCAGCGGCGGCUUUCAGGAAAAAGGGUGGGACUAUUGCACUAUACGAUCAGGAUGAGCUGCUGGCUCAUUGGUUAAAGGGUGGAAGGCGGGAGGACUGUUGGGGUUCAGGUUGGGAAGCCAAACAGCAUAAAGUAUGUGGUAGCUUCCAAGGGCUUCCAGAAGCUGACACUUCAUUUUUUAUUAUUAUUUUUAUCGUCCUUUAUUAUUGUAUUAAUGUCCUUGUCAAUGUUUGUUUGUAUGCCAUUAUUAUCAAUGUUUAGCAUGUUUUUUGGCUCAAUCAGUGGAAGUUGUAUAUGUCCAUGGUACAUAUUGAUGUUUUGAGAGCUGUCUGAGACAUGUGACACCUCUUUUCCCCCCUGAUUCCAGAAUAUCUGGGGUGGAAAUGAAGGGCACUGCUGCUUUAGGACACUGGGGGACAGUCAUAGAUGGGGAGGUGCAGGGUGAAGACAGAGGGGGGGGGGGCGAUUGGCCACUUCCCAGCAUAUCUGUGGUCCCAUCCUGGUGCUAUCCACGGCGAGGAAGAGCACUGCCCCACGAACAAACCUCCAGCGUUCAGCUCCACACAGGAGGACGACGAGAGAUUUUCCCCUCAAGGACAAAAGCGAAAGUUUCAGGAUGAGACUGGGGGAGUUCCAUUGUUUUGAGACGGUGAUGUCAGGAGUCAGGACUACACUUUUUUUAUUAUUUUAAUUCAAGAGGCCUUAAUAAAAAAAGAAUCUCCUGAUAUUUCAAGCGCUCCCCAAACCACAGAGCCAAGUGCAGAGAGUCCUUUGUAACUGACCUGACUGUUUUCAAUAGUCACAAUAAUCUGACUUACUUGGGUCUUGAUAAUUUCAGACGGAUGUAGAUAAUCACAAGCAGUAUGUGGGCAUGUGGGGAGCAGGAGCUUUGUAUAUCAAUGUUAAAAGGUAGCUGACACUGAGCUCAAAUACCAGUGUUUUUCUUUUCCUUUAAUCUUUUUUUUUUUUGUCAGUGAGAUUGUCAAACUGUUGCUCUCAAAAGGACAUUCAUGUACAGCAUUUGAAAAUGUUUUCCGUCAUCAAGAACAUUUACAAUAUUUAUAUGUAGGUAUUUAUAAGGUACUAAGUUAAAACCGCUUUUUUUUUUUUUUUUCUUUGUUACUAUGACUAUAGUUGUGGCACUGAUGUCCUUCAACGUGCAGAGGCAUAGCUGCAGAUCCACAGGAGUUCUAUUCUUCUGUGUUUGUCGUCCCGUCACCACAUCGGAGGAUUUGCCAGCCGGUUCAUAGAUGCUUGUUUGUAGAUCCUUGACUGGUUUCAUCGGAAAUUCUCUAGAUUUUUUUUUUUUUCUUUCCCAAUAAGAAUGUCUUUUACAGUCCCUUCAAAGAAGCCAUACCAAAAAAAAAAAAUUUAAAUAAAGAAUUUGUACUUAAA